AUGGCACCCAAGGAUAAAUACACCGACCCCAAGCUGCGCGACAAGGUGAAGAAAGAGGUCCACAAUAGCGAUAAAGGAGGCAAACCUGGCCAAUGGUCUGCACGGAAGGCGCAAAUGAUGGCUGCCGAAUACAAGAAGCGCGGCGGUGGAUACACCACGUCCAAGGAAGAUGGGCAGAGCGAGUCACAGCGGCAUCUAGAGCAGUGGACCAAGGAGGACUGGCAGACGAAAGAAGGGUCCGGCACGGCGCGUCAGGACGAUGACAGUCGCAAACGGUAUCUCCCCAAGGAAGCGUGGGAGCAGAUGAGUGAAGAGGAGAAAAAGGAGACUGAGAACAAGAAGAUCAAGGCCUCGAAAAAGGGGGAGCAGUUCGUCGGAAAUACCACCAAGGCUAAGUCGGCCAGGAGGAAGGCCAGUCGUGAUGCCGAAGAGGGAGAUGAGCAGGAGGAUAAAGAGAAAGGAAAAGACGACACUGAUCGAGCUAGGCCGCGGACACGACAAGCUAGUGGACGCCAGAAGAAUGGAGAUGAGAACAAGAAUCCUUCUUCUGACGAGGAGUCAGCGAAUGAUCAGCAGAAGAAUAGCAAGAAGGGUGCAGGGGUAAAGAGGGCAUCACAGCAGACACAGACGCAGUCAUAUACCAAGAAGCAGAAGACUGAAAAUGAGAAUCAGAACAAGAAAGAUGACAAGGAAGAAGAGGAAGAAGAGGAAGAAGAGGACGAGGAGUACGAAGACAAUGAAAAUGGGAAAGAGGAAGCAGAAGCAGAGGAGGAAGCGGAAGAUGAAGAUUAA